AAAAUCUGUCAAAAAACGCAAACUUUGACAGGUCUACUUCCGCUCAACUGUUGUGCCAGUGCUCUGCUGUCAAAUUCCGCUCCUUUCUCGCUCUUUUUCCGGGCAUCUUUGAUGUACGAGUGAACACAUUUCACUGUGAACGUAAAAUAAAUUCGCUAUGGUUUUCGGAUCAAAGGUGAUCAAGGCCGGUGGUGCCGAGCCCGAUGCGUUCGAGGGUCAGAUCGGCCAGGCAAUCCUGGAGCUGGAGAUGAACUCUGACCUGAAGCCACAGUUGCGCGAUCUGUACAUCACCCGCGCUCGUGAGAUCGAGUUCAAUAGCAAGAAGGCUAUUGUGAUCUACGUCCCGGUGCCCAAACAGAAGGCCUUCCAGAAGGUCCAAACCCGGCUGGUCCGUGAGCUGGAGAAGAAGUUCUCCGGUAAGCAUGUCGUGUUCAUCGGUGAACGUCGCAUCCUGCCCAAGCCACAGCGCGGCCGCCGUGACCCCAACAAGCAGAAGCGUCCACGAUCCCGUACCCUGACCGCCGUCUACGAUGCUAUCCUGGAGGAUCUGGUCUUCCCGGCUGAAGUCGUCGGCAAGCGAAUGCGUGUCAAGCUGGAUGGCUCCCAGCUGAUCAAGGUUCACCUGGACAAGAAUCAGCAGACCACCAUUGAACACAAGGUCGAUACCUUCACGUCAGUGUACAAGAAGCUGACCGGACGUGACGUUACGUUCGAAUUUCCGGAGCCCUACCUGUAAACUAUUAUAACGCUAGAGUAAAACAAAUUAAUAAGUGAGUGCGCGCGGAAUGUUGGUGAUACAGAAGAAAUGUACGGAGAAGUAGGGUGUGCAUAAAACAUCUUUUGUGCUGCAUUGAUCGCCCUCCAAUAAAAACCCUCGGCAAAAGGGAAAAGAACAGUUUA